AUGUUGACACCCACUACGAUAAAUGGCUCAAUCAGAUCGUCGAGUUUUGGUGAGUCGGAGCAACCGGAUGAGGAGGAGAAUGACACUUUUUUGUUGGGAAUGGUGACUGGUGAUGGAAUUGGAAAGGUAAGUAUUGUGCGCUCUAUUGAUAACUGUAAAAGUUUAGCGAAAAAAAUAGCUUUGUUACUUUUCCGAAGUAUCAAAUGCGCUCCAUUGAUAAAUUGAUCGUUUUUACUGGAUAUUCGAAUUGUUGUGAAAAUUAGCCUGAUGUCCGCAUAUGCGCUCUAUUGAUAACAUUUUUCAUUUUGUCAAAAAUCACCGAUUUUUACUGGUAAAGUAGAAAAUGCGCUCUAUCGUUAACUUGGUAGUUUUUAUGCUAAUUCAAAUUUUUAUGGAAUAUUUGUGGAAUUUUGUAGGAGUUUAGCAAGCAAGUGUGCUCUAUUGAUAUCUGGGUUUUGUUAUUCAAUUUUUCAAAAAAUCAGCGAUUUUCACUGGAGAAGUGGAAAAUGCGCUUCAUUGAUAAAAAUUCAUCAAGAAAAAGAUUUUUGAGAAAAUCUCGCAAGUUCGCUCCAUUGAUAAACUUGUUUAUUAUUUGGUUUUUUGAAAAUUAAUUUUUUUCUGAAGCAAAAUGAGCAAGGCGUGGCCUAGAAAACAUUGUAAAGCUAGUCCGUGGCCUAGAAACCCCUGAAUCACUACUCCGUGGCCUAGAAAAUCCUAGUCCCUACCCUCCCCCAAAAGUCCAAAAGUUUUCCUGCUUUUCCUGCUUUGCUGUGUUCCAAAAAAUGUCAUGAUUAUUUUCAAAAAUCGGCAGCAAAAAGAGGCUGGAAAAGUGUAUAUAGCCAUUUCCGAUUUUUCGCCCCGCGCUGACUGAAAAUUGGCUUUCCGAAAUCUAAUUAUCUCCCCUGAUAUUUCAAAAAUAUCUAUAUCUAUAUAUAUUUUUUCAUAUCAAUUUUUAUCCGUUCAAAAAAAUUUUUUGGAGCCCGGAAAAAAAAACAAAACAUAUUUUUGUAUCUAGCUGAAAUUUUAUGACGUAAGGAAAUUUUGUGGGAAAAGUCAUAAAAAACUUCAUUUUUUAGUGCAUUGCGCAUUGAUUUUUUGACGACAGCUGGAUUUUUUUUUUCUGAAGUUUGAAAAAAAAUUGUUUCAGAAUUUUUAGACUAUGGAUUGCACACUUCGACCGCUGGUUUUUGUGCAGGAGGUAAAUUUCCAACUUGGGUUUCUAGGCUACGGACUAGGGUUUCACCCAAAAAAAAAUCGCUGAUCUCUCCGCAAAAAAAUUGCACAAAAUUAUUAUAAAUAAUUACAGCGUGAGAAAUUUUUUCCGCGCGCAAUUUUCUUCCUCUCAACUUUCAGAAAUAGCUAUGGAUAUUCUUGAGAUGGCGCAAGUAAGUUCCAAAAAUUUUCGAAAAAUCAGCGAAGCCCAAAAAACACGAAAACAAAAAUAGAUGAAAAUAAUCUUAUCUUUUUUUCCUCAUUCGAUUUUCGCGGCGGUUUUUUUCGUAGAAAAAUGAUAAUUUUUUGAUUUUUCUAACCUAAUUCAUAAAUCAAAGUUUUUUCUAAGAAAUGUAUCAAAUUUUGGAUCGAAGAAGUAGUUUGACUAUCGGAACUUGGGAAAUUAGGGAUAUUUUGUACUCUUCGACGAUAAAAUCGAAAGUUUUUAAAACUCAGGAGGAGGUGGGUGCUAUCAGGGCCUAGGAAACCAAAUUUUAAAAACUAGUCCGCGGCCUAGAAGUAUACUUCUUCUAUUUAGGUUCUCUAGACGCGGCUCCUUAACUCAGAGGUUCUGUAGGCGUGGCUGCUUGACACAUGAGUUCUAAAGGCGUCCCUGACUUGCCCGCGGCCUAGAAAGAACCGUGGAAAACUAGUCCACGAGCUAGGAUUUAGAAUUCAAUUCACUUUCCAUUCCAGCCCAUUUUUUGUCAAAAUUUUUUUAAUUUACAAAACAAAAGUGCGCGAGAUAAAAAAGCACAUAUAAUGUGAAAAAUAGAAAAAAAACAUCAACAAAGAAUAGGUGGGGGGAGAAGCCAUUUUCCCCCCUGAUUAUUUUUUUCAUUUGCUCGCGCAUUGUGUUUUUUUCUUCGUUUAUCAGUGAAUAGGAUUAAAGAGUCACUCAGCCAUCUUCAAUCUUUCUUAUCUCAUUUAUACAUAUAUUCCAACAUUUGUUGCUGAAAAUCGGCCGGCUGAAAAUAAUGAAUGUUGAGAUUCCGAUUUGUUCGGAAUCUGAGAGCGAGGUUUCGACGACGGCGAGAAUUUUGGUUGGUUUUCUAGGCCGUGGACUAGGGUUCAGGUAGUUUGUAGAUGGUGAACUAGAAAAGGUUGAACAGGUUUUCUAGGCCACAGCCUAGGUCUAGGCUGUGGGAGAGUGUUCACGCGAUUUCUAGGCUGCGGACUAGUUCCCUCGUGUUUUCUAGGCCACGCACUGGGUUUUUUCCCAGACCUCAUCGUCAGACAAUUUUUGGUUGCGCAAAAAUCGCCCACUUUUUUUCUCGCCAGCCAAAAAAAUGAACAUGGGAAAAUUAUAGGGUUUCUCCCCCUUACACACUUUUCCUAUGAGUGCAAUUGAUUUUCUUUAAUAAGUUCACACAUUUUUUCCAAGCAAGCAAGCUUUAUCCCAAACUCUACUCACAAAAUACAAUUUAAACAAAAAUUUGCAGAUGUUCAAUGCGCGCUACCGUAACAUCAAAGAGAAAAAGGCGGCGAAAAUGACGUGGCGCGCAAUGAUCUACAAUUGUCUCGAACGACCCACCGGCUGGAAGUGUUUUCUCUACCAUUUCAGCGUAUUUCUAAUCGUCCUGAUUUGCCUGAUCCUAUCAGUUCUAUCAACCGUCGAAGAGCACUCGUAUUUCGCCGCCGAAGUUUUGUACAUUUUGGAGAUUUUUCUCGUCUUCUUUUUUGCUAUUGAAUAUGUGAUUAGGUUGUGGAGUGCGGGAUGUCGAUCGAAGUAUAUUGGUUUUUGGGGGAGACUGAAGUUUGCGAGGAAACCGAUUAGUUUUAUUGGUGAGUGCAAUCAGUUUUUUUGAAACGUAUAUUUUUUGGGUUUGAAAAUACAUAUGUGGAAGAGGAGAUAGUCGGUUUCCUAGGCCAUGAACCAGAUUUUGAACUUAUGUUAGUCUAGAAGUAUGACACAGUCUAGAAUUUCCAGACCUCUGCGUCGUUGUCGCCAGCAUCACCGUAAUCCUCGUCGGUUCCGAAGGUCAAGUGUUCGCCACCAGUGCCAUCCGCGGUGUUCGCUUCCUUCAGAUCCUUCGAAUGCUCCACGUGGAUCGUCAAGGUGGCACGUGGCGUCUUCUCGGAUCUGUCGUCUUCAUCCAUCGACAGGAGCUGAUCACCACUCUGUAUAUCGGUUUUCUGGGCCUCAUUUUCAGCUCGUAUUUUGUGUAUUUGGCGGAAAAGGAUUAUGUGUCACCGACGGGGCAGCAAGCAUUCACGAGUUAUGCUGAUGCACUUUGGUGGGGUGUGGUGAGUUAAUCAAUUUAUUACUAAUUUUUGAAGUGAAGUUCAUACAAUUAUUCUGAAACGUAUUUCUCACCAGAUAACAAUGACAACAAUCGGGUAUGGUGAUGUGGUGCCCCAAACAUGGACGGGUCGAAUAGUUGCAUCGUGUUUCUCGAUUUUUGCCAUCAGCUUCUUCGCUCUUCCCGCCGGAAUCCUCGGCUCAGGAUUCGCUCUCAAAGUCCAACAAAAACAACGGCAAAAACAUUUCAAUCGACAGAUUCCCGCCGCUGCGACUUUGAUUCAAUGCCUUUGGCGAUGUCAUGCGGCAGAGAAGCGGAUAUCUGCCACGUGGAAUGCGCACAUCGAUCCGCUUGCUCAUGAGACAAGGGAGACUCGGCGAGGCAAUGGACACGUGGAGGCGCAUAAGAAGUUGUCGGAUGAUGGAUGUGUGAAUCGGAAGAGGCAGUUGUUCAAGAAACAGUGAGUGGAGAGGAAUUUCUGAGUUCUACCAAAUCUAGGGAUCCCUAAAUUUUCAGAUCCUCCCUGGUCAAUACCUUCAAACGAAAUCGAUCUACUGGUGGUGAUGUGGAACUCGGAGAUCUCCACCAAGAACGUCUCCUGCGUCAAGAACGCGUCGGCUCGGACACCGAUGACGAGCGCCUCCAACGCAACUUCACUGAGACAGGUUAUGAUACAACGGAAGAGCCACCCACCCCCACCAACCGACCCAUUGCUCAUAUUUGCGAUUUGACCGAGGCGCACCGGAAUUCGAUUCGAGCGCUAAGGAAAAUUAAGUAUUUUGUGGCUCGCAGGAAAUUCCAACAGGCUCGAAAACCGUAUGAUGUUCGAGAUGUUAUUGAGCAAUACUCGCAGGGACAUUUGAAUAUGAUGGUUAGGAUCAAGGAAUUGCAGAGGAGGUAUUUCUAGAUUGAGAAGGCUCAAGGGAUCCAACAUCUACAUAAAUUAUUUUCAGGCUUGAUCAAACUCUGGGUAAACCUGGACAAUAUGAUGGGAAAGGUUCGAGAAAGGGGCAUCCGGUGACAAUUGGCUCGAGGUUGUCUAGAUUGGAGAUGCAGGUAUUUUCAUUUUUUAUCCAGCAAGAAAGACACUUUAUUUACGCCACGUAUUUCAGAUGACAUCUCUUGACAAAAAAGUCGACUCGAGUGCUCGCACCCUCCAGGCACUCUACCGCCUUCUGUCAGAUCGCAGCAACUCGCUGACAAUCUCACCCUCUCCGCCAGCAAUCAUGAGUCGACCGCAUUCACCGCGCGGCGAGCUGCUUUCCGCCGGAGCAUCUCGCGAUCAACUAUCGCCUACUAGUAUUUCAAGUUUUCAACAAAGAUCACCGUCGCCUUCGCCAACACCAAGCUAUUUGACGUUGGAUAAUUCGACGUGGAAUUAG